CCAACGAAGAAGAGGAAGAAGAAGAGCAUGCGCAGUCGGUGUUCUUGCUAGUAAGUCAAGAUGGCGGAUCUCCUAGGUUCAAUUUUAAACGCGAUGGAAAAGCCUCCAACAGUCGGCGACCAAGAAAGCCGGCGAAAGGCUCGAGAGCAAGCAGCGAGAUUCAAGAAGAUGGAGGAAGAAGAGAAAAAAAAGAAAGUUGCGUUCAGAAAAAAGAUGGAGAAAGAGGUGUCAGAUUUCAUCCAAGACAGUACACAACAGAAGCGCAGAUACAACCCCAUGGGGAAGAUUGAGAGGAGUAUAUUGCAUGAUGUCGCUGAAGUGGCAGGUCUGACUUCUUUCUCUUUUGGGGAGGACGAAGAGAGUCGUUACGUCAUGUUGUUCAAAAAGGAGUUUGCACCAUCUGAUGAGGAGCUGGAGGCUUAUCGCAAAGGAGAGGAGUGGGAUCCGCAGUUGGCAGAGCAGCGUCGCAGGUUGAAAGAGCAGGCGGCGUUGGAAGAAGAAGCAUCCCGCCAGUCGAGCCAGUCUGAGGAGUGUCCCAACUCCAACUACAGAGACAAGUACAGUCACCUGUUCAGCACCUCAGCAGCCAAAGAUGCAGCACACACACUAGAAGCCAACCGAGCGUACGGUUGUGUCCCAGUGGCCAACAAGAGGGACACUCGCUCCAUAGAAGAAGCCAUGAAUGCCAUCAGGGCAAAGAAGAGAGUGAAGCUGAGUGAAGACGAGGACACAGGGACACCAGUGAUGUGUGGUCAGGGGACGCAUGAUGAAAAAUACAAAAUCAAAAAAGAAUAACAUAAAAUAUUAAUAUUUGUCAAUUGAACUGUAUUAUAAAUGGAUUUUCUGUAUAAUUCCAAUUGUUUUUAACAUUUUCUUAAGUAAAAAUCAUUGAAUUUGCAGAUUUCCUGAUCCAAUACAGGGAAGAAACCUAAGGUGAGGCCAACCAUGAGCGUGGUUUGUCUGCUUUGUUGAGCUUCAAAAAGAAGAAAUGGGAGUAAGUACAAAAUAAAGUGAGUAAACAAUUUUUUUGCAAACAAGCAUUAAAAUGAAAUGGACUGUGCAUUGGCUGAUCAGUAAUUUAAGGCCAUCGCUCAAAAAUCCCCCCAAAACCCAUAUAAUGGGAAUAAAAUGUUGACGGCCAUGCACAACCUGAUGGGUUCCAUUGAUGGAAAAAAAUCUUCCUGUUAUACCAGUAACGUUGGAAGCCAUCAAGACCAUCAUGGCUACAUUUUCAUAGUAGAACUUUGUUCCACCUUUCAAUGACCCAUAUUUGGUGCUCGGUGGAAAAUUCCCAACUGGCAAUUUUGUGGCGCUGACGGAUACGAGGCCUUUGAAGACCUUUUUUUGUUGAGGCAGAGUAUCGUCCUGUGGCUUGAUGGUCAGCCAAUCGGAUCCUCUGUCUCAGUGCCAGUGACAUUGUUCUGCAUCUACCACUUUUUUUGUUCCAUAACUCUCCGGAAUAACUUUAAAAUGACUGUUUAUCUUACUGCAUCCAAUGGCAUGCUGUAAGAGGACCUGCUUAUGCAGCUCAACAAUCUGACCGUGUUUAAAGAGAGAAAGCUUUUUUUGCCUUUAAGAGAGCUUGACAGUAUCUGACAGAAAAUGACAUUGGAUCCACAGUUUUUCAAGGCUGUGGUCUUAAACUACUGAUUAGCUGAUGAACAGCCUAUUUCACUUUAAUGCUUGUUUGCACUAAAUUGGUUACUCCUCUCACUCCCGUUUCUUAUUUUUGUAUUUUGAAGCUCUACUAAGAACCCCCCAAAGAUCCAACAGUGCAAAAUGUAACGUCGUGCAAUUUUUCAACCGGUCUUAACGUUUUGAUCUGGAGUGAUCUUUUGAGUCUAUGAAUUAAAAAAAAAAACAAGGACAUUUUUUCCCUUGUUUCCUUGUCUAUGAGCGACUGUUUUUCCAUGAUGUCAUGUCCUAACGCAUGCGACAACUAGAGAUGGAUUGCUAGGAUGGAUGAAUUUUAUUGUUUUUUGUUUGUUUGCUAUUCUCUCAAAGAAAGGUUUGUUGGGGAUAUUUAAAUGUCUGUGCUGUUUUAUCCCAUGUGUAAUUAAAAUGGAGGACAAUA